AAUCGUCUCUGAUCUGAUCCCAACGAAAUUUUCACCGUCAUUCCCAUGGCCUCCCCCAGUGAUUGUCCAGAUCAAUCACAACCAGACCCCAACGAGAACCCUAACCCUAACCAACCACAGGAAUCGCCUAAAGUCUUAGGCCCCGAAGCCCUUCAACCCCAACACAAACCCGAUGAUCAAGAAGAUCUGAUCGAAGAAGACGCUCAUGUGGACGACCCAGAUUUGUUUGUUCCUUCAUCUCCACCCAACACUGACCUCCAUGUCAACACCCCCAGAGGUUUUCGCCGUGGCGGGGGUCCUAGAGGGAAGAAGGCGGCUACGAAACGACGCGCUCAGGAGAAAAAGGACCGGAAGAAGCUGGAGAUACUGAGUGAAGUCCUAAAGCCCAUUCCUUUCGUCCCCAACAAAACCCUAGAUUUUUCGUCGCACGAAAAGCUCUUGAAGCGACUCGGUUUGUGGGAUUUCGUUCAUUUGGAAUUCGACAGAGAUCUUAGAAUCGAUCUCAUCGCUCAAUUAAUCGCUACAUACAACUCGCAAGCUCGUGGUAGCUACGUUAAUGGGUGGCGCGUUGGGGUCAACCGGGCCGACUUAGCUCGUGCCUUGAAGUUGUCUAAGAAGAAGGAUAAGGAUAGCGUCGUUGAUAUUGAAGAGUCGAAGGAAUUGGUAGGCUUUCUUGAGGACUUUAUGUCAAAUUGGUUGCUUUUACACGAGGAUACGUGGAUGAUGCCAGUAGAGGUGAUGAACUGGACCAAAAUGAUUGAAGAAUGCCAUUUUGAGAAGGUUGAUUGGGCUGGUUUGAUUUGGUUUAUGGUUGAGAAAGAGCUCACAGCCGCUCCUAAUUUAAAGAAUUGUUACUAUGCCUCGCAUUUGCAAUGUCUGAUAAAAUUCCAAAAGGAAGAGCUGCUGUUGGAGAAACCAGAAAAUGAGGUUUAUGAUGCUAAGGAGGAAGAGGAAGAACAUAAUGUUCCUGGGGAUUUCAAGUUGUCUUCUGAUUUGGUUAAUGAAUCUCACGAGGGAUCACAGUUGGAGGAACAUAAUAUUGAGUUGAGUCUUGGUGGGCAGGAUAAUUUGAUGAAUGAGGAUGGUGUCGGAAAGGAGGCUGGUGGGCAGGAUAAUUUGAUGAAUAAGGAUGGAGUUAAAAAGGAGGCUGGUGGGCAGGAUAAUUUGAUGAAUGAGGAUGGUGUCGGAAAGGAGGCUGGUGGGCAGGAUAAUUUGAUGAAUAAGGAUGGUGUUAAAAAGGAGGCUGUUGUGGGGAAUGAGGAUGGUAUGGAUUGUGAGGAAAGUAAGGAGGAUGAACCUCGACUGGUGCAGUGGGAUUUGGAUGGAGACAGCCAUAUGGAUGUGGGGAGGGAGAAUUUCUUAAGACAGUGUGAUCUUGGUGAUGUUGAUAUGGUGGAGGAAAAGAAACAAGAUAAAAGAGAGGAAGUAGAGAUGAGUGAGGGAGAAGAGAUGGGAGAGGGAGAAGAGGAACAAGAUGAGCAAGAGGAGCAACAUGGAGAAGGCUUUCCCAUUUCACCAAUCAGUGACAAUUUACAGGGCCUGCAUUCAACAAAUCUUCUUGAAGGAAUGGAAACUGCCAAUCUCUCUUUUACAACUGGGUUGCAUAUUCGUGAUAACUCAUCAGGAGAAUUUCUUGUAUCUAAGGUUGAUGUGCAAACAGUUCCUGCUGUCUCGUCAUUUCUGGGUAAUGGUAACAAGAGAGAGAUUGAUCAUGAAGAUGAUAUAUCUCGUAAUUCUUUGAACGGUAGCAAUAAGAGGUUGAGAACUGAUGGGCACUGGGAUAAGUCAUCUGAAUUUGAUAUAUGCAUGGGUCAAAUGCAGCAUCUGAUGGAGAAAGCUAGAAUGCUAUAUGCUGCAAAAGAACAAGCUUGUGAAGAUUCCAGUAUGAACCAACAAGUUAUGCUCCAUGAGCUGCAACGGAGGGAUAACCUAAUCGAACAUUUGCAGAAGGCCAAGUUUGAAGAGCAGCAGAAGAGACAGAUGGAGGUGUAUAGGCUUGAGCGCGAGCUCUAUUUGAUGGAAGAUCUUUUAAAUGGAUACAGAAAGGCUUUGAAGGAAACAAACAGAGCUUUUGCCGAGUAUAGAGCACGUUGUCCCCUGCCUGAUGAAUCACUUUACAAGGAUGUUAUUGGGUCUGGGGGGUUAGUUCUGAGCACAAGGGAAAUAGAAAAGCAGCGUCUGAAACAAGAAGAAGAGGAGAGGCUUAAUAGACAGUUAAUUGAGAAUAAGAUUAAGGAUUUUGAAGCAGGGUGGAUAGGGAAAUUUGAUGCGCACAAGGAUGUCAUUUCUCUUCUGAGUAACAAAUUGGUUGAUGUGGAGAAUGAAGUUAAACGUCUUAAAGAGCUUUCCAAGCGAAAGGUUUCAGGUACCUCGGAAUGCAUUCCAAAUGAAAUGGAAAUGUGUAGUCAGUAAGGUAUGUCCAGUAAGUUAAGUUUUAUGUCAUGCAGAACUACUUUUACUUAAACAAUAUGCAUCAUGUACAGCUUCUGUGUAUGGAGUCCUUUGUUCUAGUUGCAAAGUUUAGUAGCAGUGUAACAGCAGAUGGUUUAGCUUCUCAAUUCUUUUAGUGGUUCAAAUUAAGAGUCCCUUGCUUGAAUCUGAUUUACCUGUUUUUCUUUAGCACUUCCUUGAAAUAUGCAAACUAUAGAAAUGGUUGCUUCAAUCUAUCUCUUUAAUGUACAAGUU